UGAAGACAACGCAAUCUGGCUGUGCCGGUUCCCCUCUGCCUAGAUCACUUAGAAUAUCCAUAGUUAGCAAUACUUUAAUCGUUUAAUGCAGCGAUAUAGCCAGUUAUUAAUGCCACAUUGUAGAUUUUAGCCUGUUCCAAUCAUCCUUAUAUCGAGUUAAUGAAAUUUAUGAAAUUGCCUACCGUUCAAAUCGCUCUCUGUUGUUAGCACCACACUGAUUAACUACAAUGUUCCAAUUUUUUAGAAUUAUGUCCGACAUAAUUCUAAUUUUUGCUGUUACAGCAGAUAGUUAUGGUGAAAUGGCACGCAGGAAUAAGUCAUCCCUGUCCUCCAAAAAGCACAUGAAAAGGAAGAAUUGAAGCAAUCUCAAGAGAAAAGAAGGGAAUCUGGAUCCUUCGUCGGAUCGUCACAGAGCUUAGAGGGGAGCUCUACGCUUCACUGGCCAUGCAAAGCAGGGAGAGUGACGGAGGCGGAGGCACUGCUGGCUGCUGGAGCGGACAUUAACAAGCUGGACAGAGCGCAGUUGAACCCUUUCAUGGACGCGAUCAACUCAGGACAGGUCGACUGUGCUAGAUGGCUGCUGAGGCAAGACGGUUGAAAGCUUCAGCCCGAGAUAUGGUCGUUUUGUAGGGAGAGGGGGCUAGAGUCAGUGCUAACAGCUUAACAGAAGCAAGGUACGGAGAGCGAUCCAUGGCUGUCCCGAUAGACCCACUCAGACUCCUGCCGGAAGAUACUCCUCCGGUUGAUCCAGAUGAGACAGUUCUAGCAGAUGAUCAGUUACAGACUGAAGAACAUAUCCCACAGAUCAAUGCGUCAACAUCUGCAAAUGAAGCUGAUAUCAGAAUCGAAAUGAUGAUGGUACUACACGAGAUGCUCAUGGAAAAGGUAUCAGUUUGCUUUUCUCCUCCCACGAGCAGUACAAAGUGUGGGUUCAACUUUAAUCUGAUAGAAGAUAUCGUAUGCGGAACCCAAGCCCGGCUAUGUCUGUACAUAAUAACGAAAGAAACCGGUUAUGCUGCGAGGGCGUUUAGCUCGAUAGAUGUUGAAAAUGCCCACUGCAUUAUAAAUCAUUUGGACCGCCGAGGGGUCCAAAACUCCUCAAUCGAAGAGCUUAGUAGACAUGUCAGCAACCUACAGAGACUUCAAAUUCUCAGGAAAACCUCUCUAGGACGGAAGCUUUAUACUCCGACAUCCACAAUUUACCACGCCCCUGAGAUCGACAAAGGUCUUUCUGAUAGAUUGACUUCCAGCCAAUUCGAUCUAUCGAAGCCGAGUGGGAAGAACAAAGAACUGAAACCCAUGGUCGCAACGAUGCUCCUCGCGGACAAGGGAGAGUUAGGGCCAUCGGUGGUCACAAGACUGCAGAAUAUUUAUUUUUUUAAGCGUUGAGGUUGUCACGAAAGCGUACUGUAACGGGACUGUAUCAGAUUUGAGUGAUUUGAUUUUGUGAUUCGCAGUUCACGUGAUUUUAUUGUGAUCUUAGACUGUAAAAACUAUAAAGGUUCAAGUUGAACUAUCGUCGCCAUGAUUAUGUAUUUUGGAACUGUUCACGUUGAAAUUGCUUCGUUAAUCAGCAGUCUUCCUUGGUUACCUUCUACUGUGUA